AGUCCCUUUUCCCGUCAGAGCAGCAGACGACACGCCCCUCAGCCACCCUUCAGCCCACUUGUUAUUGUUUUGGCGAAGAUGUGAACAGGAGACACAGGGGCUGGACCAUGUAUUUCCUGUGUGUGCUGGUGCUCGUGGCCCACCUGGGGACGGGGGGGGCCCAGCUGGUGGUCAACGUGAAGACACAGGUGGGGCGCGGGGCAGAGAUGAGGGAGGGUGGUGAGGUGUUUAAGGAGACUAUAACAGCAAACAUAUCUGAUGACUCUGUCAUGCUGGAGUUUCCUCAGAAUGAUGGAACAUACAUCUCCCAGCUGAUAGAUUUCAAACAGGAGUUGCAAAUCUUUAAGGUGAUUGUUCUUGGGGAGGAGGAGCUGGGGCAGCACCAGUUCCAGGUGAUGUGCUUCAUCAUGCGCUUUUUCAAGAACAACUUCAUAUCCUCUGAUGCCAUGUCCAAACUCAGGCAGAAAAACCCAGGGACAGUGCGGGUCCCUGAGGAGGACCGAGGAACAGAGGAGGUGGAGCUCGAUGUGAGUGUGGAUGUUCCUCGUGCCGGUAUCCUGUCCCCUCACAUACCCGUCAUGUGCAGUAUGGCGGCCACCUCCACUUAUGCCUCAGACCGGGACAUAAAGCUGUGGGCUACGCAACGCAGAGAACUGGAUGGUGACUGGUCGCUAGUGAGUGAUGUGACCCGUCACCUGCCAACCCGUGGGGUGCCUCGCUGUGGAGAUGGCGGCAGGGAUCUCGCCAACUCCUGCGCUUGUCACUACCAGGUGUGCAUUGCCUGGUAUCCAUGUGGCCUCAAGUACUGCAAGGGCCGAGACAACUCUGGCAAGGCUGUGUCCUACCGCUGUGGCAUACGGACUUGUCGCAGGUGUAGAAACUUCAGCUACUUUGUACCCCAGCGACAGUUGUGUUUGUGGGAUGAUUGAUCAGCCACACCACUUGCAGUGCAUGGACUCUAGUCUGGGUGGAAGUCAGGCUUUACGCUUUGUUGCGCUCCACUGAAUGGUAGGUUUGGAAGAAUAUUAUAUAUAAGGUUGCAAUGGCUGUGGAUGAUUAAGUGUUAAUCAUGGUGCCACAGUAGCCUUUUGAAAAGCACAAGUUGGUAUGUGAAUCAAUAUUUUAACAGCUGUUCUUUUAGGCUUCCGGUAAUGAUUGCCAUUGAAACUGCCUAGCGAUGUACAGCAAUGGGUAUAACUAGUUUAUUCAGUGCCAUAGUCUCCUGAAGCAUACAGUCUAAAUGUAAGUUGAUUUUUUAUAUCUACUGAUCACUAGAGCAAUUAUUGUAGUAUUCUAUAUUUUUAGAAAAUUAAUGAAACACAGUUCUAUUAGCUUAUCUGUUUCUGUAUGGUGUCUGAGGUUCAGAACAAGCAGCUGAUUUAUAAAUAGGGAGGUGACUUGACUGAUCAGUAUGAAGGUUUAUGUGGGCACAAAGUCCCACUAACACUGGAUGAGGAUCUUAAUAAAUAGAAGAGAAAAGCUUUUAAAAAUAAAUAUACAGCUUCCACUACAUAUAAGCAAAAUUUAGUCUUUAAAAAGCAUACAAAAAGACUAGUUAAUCACACAUGUGCCAUAUUUUUGUAUUAGGUGUGAGCUGUUGAUUCUGAAUAGUGGAUGAGGAUGAGAUACUCUAGGGAAGUUUAAUGUAUAAAGAAAAUAUGGAAGUAAGGCUUCCCUGGGAAAGAAGUAAAUGGAUGUCAGGAACAUUAUUUACUGUGUGUAUAGUGAGCAAGGAAAAGGAUGGUUGUAAAUUUUAUCAGCAAUUGUCACGCAGGAUGCAGGUUACCAACAUAAAUCACAUAAUGAAAGACAAAGUUACUGAACUGUUUGGUAUUAUAAUGGAUUGAAUCGCAUGCUCAUUUUCUGUGCCAUAACACAGGACACACACACACACACACACACACACACACACACAAAAAAAAAAAAAAAAAAGAUGGAACUGGUCAGCAUAAUAUACUUUUUUUUUCCUGCAAAUGGCAAGUCAGGACUAGCAAGCAAAAUGGUACUUCAUGAUGUGUUGUAAUUCCAUAAUGAUGUAUUUACUUGAUCUUGGUAAGGUUAAGUUAGGCUGUACAAGGUGGAAUCUCUUACUUCAGUACAAUAGUUUGUGGAAGUCAGUUGCAACAGUAGUUUGAUAAGUGUGUGGAGAACAGCUCUUAUUACAUGGUAACAUCAUUCCUUUGUCAGAUAGUGAAGUUAUUUUUAUACCUUAGUGUUAGCAGUUAUCCAGAUUUUUGAGUAAGGCUUCUUUUCCGUACAUGUUGGGUAAUGUAGGCUGCUGAAUUAUGAUCAGAUUGGUACAUUUUUAUACAAUUCCAGUCACUUCAAGUAAUAUCUUUUGUAAUUCUUUUUUACCAUAAAGUAAUAGACACAAUA